GCGAUUUGCAUCCAAGUCAGAGUUCGCACUUCGCGCAGUCCAAUCGCAAAUCGAAAUGUCGCAUCUGGUUCCCCUGUCCGUCCUGCUCGUCGUGGGACUCCUCUGCCUGGGAGCCACCACCGCCAAGCCGCACGAGGAGAUCAACAGGGACCAUGCCGUCGAGCUGGCCAAGGAGUGCAAGGCCGAGACUGGAGCCACCGAUGAGGAUGUGGAGCAGAUGAUGAGCCACGAGAUGCCCGAAAGGCAAGAGGCGAAGUGCCUGCGCGCCUGUGUGAUGAAGAAGCUGCAGAUCAUGGAUGAGUCCGGCAAGCUGAACAAGGAGCACGCCAUCGAGAUGGUCAAGGUCAUGAGCAAGAACGAUGCGGAGAAGGAGGACGCUCCCGCCGAGGUGGUGGCCAAGUGCGAGGCCAUCGAGACACCCGAGGAUAAUUGCGACGCCGCUUUUGCCUUCGAAGGAUGCAUUUACGAGCAAAUGAAGGAGCACGGACUCGAGCUGGAGGAUCACUGAAAGCAGAUUUGAGACCCAAGAUGAGACCCCCUGUUGCUGCAUCACAAGCGCCCUUCUGGAAUAAAAGCAUCUAUUUUUUUUAUGUGUAUACUAUGACUAGUCCUUAAGUACUUGAUAUACUGAGAAACUGCA